AUGGGGAAGAAAUCAACUACUACGAACACCGGCAAUGGCAAUGGAAAGACAGAAGUGAACGUGAACGACCUAAAAGAGGAAGCGAAACAACUGGUAACGAAAAUUCAGGGCCAUUUUUUGGCUAUUGAGGAGCACCGAAGGAAAGAUCGAGAACUAUGGAGAACAUUGAAUAGAAGAAUAGAAAGCUUGGAAGAAGUGAAAUCGGAAAGAGGAAAACGGCGCGUGGUUAAAAAACCUACAGAUGUGAGUUCGCCGGGUGCAGGAAAAGCACCCGAUGCUGUGAAAGCUGUCCAGUGA